AUGGCCGAUCGGGCCGCACCUCGAUGGGCUCGUUUGCUCACAUGGCUGGAAGAACGAGGCAUGCUGACUGAUGAAGCCAAUCUAUUGGUGUACCCUCAAGAGCGUCCAGGCGCGGGUAAUGGGCUGUACGCUACAUGUAGCGUCGAGCCGAAUACGCCUUUAUUCACGCUACCCGCUCGUGCAAAGCUGAACGCGCGAACCCUGCGCCCGCUGUACCCAAAAACAGAGCUCUCGGCUGUUCAGCUCAUUUCCUUACACCUGUGCCUUCAUAGGCCACGGGAAGACGAGGAGUCUGCGGACGCGCUUUUCGGCCCGUAUAUUGAUGUUCUGCCGCGCGACUUCGACAGCCAUCCGCUUACCUGGUCGGUACAGCGAAGAGUUCUCUCCGACGAUAACAGAGAUCUGGUGAAAUACAACCUGCUGGACUUGCUCCCACCGAGUGUCGAUGCUGCCUUGCGACAAAUCGAGUCUCGCUUCUGGAACGACUGGAAGGCUGUUGAGGCCACCUCUUACUUGCGAGAUAUGCCUGGGGAGACGAAAGAAUUGGCUUCAAUCAAGUUUGACUUCCUGUGGGGUUGGUUGAAUGUGAACACGCGAUGUUUGUAUGACGACCUCGGUCUAGGUCGCGAGGACAACAUCAGCCUCUGUCCUGUCUUUGACUUUGCCAAUCAUGUUUGGACCGGCGCGACGAUGCGUCCUCAAGUAGAUUCGCCAUCCUCCAAGAAGCCUGGAAGCAGUACCCUACGCGACCUUACAUGCACGACGCUUGCCACACCUAUGCGACCUGGCGAAGAGCUAUUUCUUACGUAUGGAUCGCAUGCCAAUGCUCGCCUGUUCGUUGAGUACGGCUUCGUGAACCCCGCUUCCACGUCCGACUUUACGGAGUACCCCGGUGAGGUCCUGAUUGACGAUGUGGAGGAGGCGAUUCUACAACAAGCGGCGGGAGAUGCUCCUACUGAUCUGAGCCGCUGGCGGGAUGAGUUGGAGGAGCAAGGGUAUUGGUUAGAUUGGACGAUACAUUCGGCGCCUGCACCCGCCCACCCGUCGUAUCGCCUCCUCACUGCGCUACGCCUAGCGCAUGUCCUUAUCUCCAAACACGGCACUAUAGGUGAAUGGCGCGAAACGCUCGCCGGCGUGCGAGACCUUGUGAGCGAAGAGAAUGAGCGAGCUGUACGCGGAACGUUGCGCGAGAUCUGCACCGCGCUCAUCUCGCGAGCCGAGGACGCUGCGGAGGAGCUAGAAGAAGUGAUGCUACGUGUUGGGCGGGAGAAGGAAGGUUGGCGUAUCUGGGCUGCUGGGAAUGUCAGAGCACUUUGGGCCGAGGAGAAAGCGGUUGCUCAGGCAGUUGCUGCGAGCAUAGACGCCGGCGUUGAUUUCUAG